UCCUCCUCUUUAGUUUCUUAGAGAUGCUAAAGGCUAGCAAAGCCACGUUAUUGGUUGCUGCAGCUGACUGAGCAGUGAACUAGUCAGUAUGUUCAGUUAGUCUGGCCUUGGACCAAUGGGGGACGGGGGCACAGGUCUGACUUUCCAGGCUGUUGUAAACAUGGCGGCUGCUGUAGGAAGAGCUCUGUCCUUCAGUAGAAAUGUUAAGGAGCUGGUUUCACCUUUGAGGUUUAUUGCGGCACCAGUUCACCGCUACAGUAUAGAGGUUUCAAGUACCGGGGAACCUAUAACUCACACAGGCCAGGUGUUUGAUACAAAUGACACGAGGAGAGUCAGAUUCACUGGGAAGCAGAAAGAGGUGAAUAAGAACUUUGCCAUUAUGCUCGUGGCAGAAGAACCCGUGAGGCACGUUGAGACCAGGGUGGUGUCUUGUGAUGGAGGUGGCGGAGCUCUUGGACACCCCAAAGUUUAUAUAAACUUGGAUAAGGACACUAAAGUGGGCACGUGUGGCUACUGUGGACUGCGGUUCCAGCAGAAGCAUCAUCACUGAAACGUUGACACCCCCCCCC